CCAGAACCAGAACGCUCCAGGCGAGGAGGGUGAAGCCAGAGCGAAGCGUUCUUACAAUCCUAGGCCGGGUCGGAUUGUAGUAUUUCAACAUGGUUGAAGUUGCAUUGUAUAAUUGUAAACGAUUGUAAAUUCGUGGGAUAUGUGCUUUAUUAAAAUAGGAAUGUAAGAUUUCGAUCAUAAUAUUAUCAUUAGAUUGCAAAUUUUAACGAAUUACAUAGGUGUCAAAAACAGCUGGGUUCAUUGUUUACAUUUCGAUUUUAUGAUAUUUCGUGAAUAUCUUGCGUGACAAUCAUCAAAAUUAUGCUUAAAACCCCCAAAAUACAAAUUAUGGAUUGGCCAAGAGGCAAAAGUUUCUCACAGAGGCAAUUGAAUUCUCAAAAGAUGAGCGAGCCACGUAUGUCUACUGCAAUAUGCCAUUUGCUUUUAGCAGGCUCCUCUGCAUGGACAUGUAGAACUUUACACAAUGCUGGUCAGAUUCAAUGGGCAUAUGGUACACUUGGUCUUUACUUUGCAAAAUCAGUUGUGGGCAUUUUACGAUAUGGAGAUGCUGUUGAUGGGAAUAAAUAUGCUGAUACAUAUGACAAGGUAGAGUUUUGUAGCAUUGCCCUAGGCCCACCACUUUAUGCUGCAGAUCUCUACCUGCAGUAUGGAUCAUCACAACUGCUAGCUCUAUUUCAGGCUGGCCUGGGAUGUAUUCCUCUGUUCGGGAAUUUAAAUGAACAUGACGCAUUACAAGAUAGUUUGGAUUUAAUAGUGUGUGGGAGUCUACUUGCUACAGCAUUAACUGGAAUAAUUCAUGAUAAUUUGCAUGCACUUUGGGGUUCUUCUUGGUUUUACCUUAAUUCAUACAUAAUUAAGAAAAAAGAGGCCAUUGGAGGCAUGCAAGCCGUGAAUGUUUAUGUAGUUGGUACCUCUUCAAUAAAUGGAAGAUUAGAGAAUAUAUAUAACAAAACAUAUAGUGUGUGUCGAUCAUUAUGUAUGAAUUUUUUUCUGGCCGAUCUUUAUCAUUUUUCACCCCUGAACCACGAGAUUGUGCAAUAUAUGCCUAUUGUACAUGUUGUUGUGGGUUUUCUGCCUUUGGUUACUAAAGCACUUAAUCGGGACAGUGUUAUUGAUGCAGUAGCUAAUGAUACUUUUUGUGUAGUAUCUGGAAUAGGCCUUGGUUUAGCUUCAGAAAAUUAUUUCGCAAUUGCAGCCUCUGCGCUUUAUGGAGUUAUUUAUUUAGGUGAUCAAUUGGGAGAUUCUUUUCAGUUCAGAGAUCAAAUUGUAGAAUUUGUAGGAUUGGUAGCAGUUGAACUACUAAUGGGUAAUGCUGACUCAAGUGCAAAACAUAGAAGUUUAUAUGAUAUUUUAGAGUUCUCCAGCAUAUCUUUAGGUUUACCAUUGGUUGUGACUGAUAUCUACUUGUCUCUUGAAUACCCAUAUUUAGCUUCACUUACUCAUGCUGUUGGUGGCUUCUUGCCCAUCCUAACACUGAAUAUUUGUAGUAACAUUUUAUCAUUUGAAAUAUUGGAACUUGAAUUAUUUGGAAGUAUUGUAUCAUUUGGUUACAUUGGGUUGAGGAAUAGGAAUUUGUGGGCAGUUGGUGCUGCUUUUAGCUAUGCUUUCAGUUAUUAUGGACUUUGUGGAUAUCAUAGGGAAAAUCAUGAACCUUUUCUUUGUGACUUAUUCUUAGUGGGGCUGAGCCUUUUCAACAUUUUUGCUUGUUCUGCACAUGAUACUUUUGCAAAUUUAUAUGACCUCAUAGAGAUAAGCAGCAUCUGUUUAGGUAUUCCACUGAUUACUACUGACAUGUACGUGCAUCACCAUUACCCUCCAGAAGGUGCAUUCGUUCAUGCUGCUUUCGGAUUUCUUCCUUUAGUAGGAAUGUUUGUGAGAAGUGAUCCUAAUGUUGUAGGUGCAGCCUUAAAUUCUGUAUUAUUUGGAUGCACCAUAUCCAUGAUAGCUAUGGGUUUUGUAAAUUCCAAUUAUUGGGCAGUUGGUGGAGGAUUUUGGUACAUGCUCAUUUAUGACUUUAAACCGAGUAAUCGAUAUGGUUAUGAAAUUGCUUCACUGUACAACUUCGUUGAAAUGUGGAGUAUAGCUAUUGGAAUACCAUUUAUUGCAUCUGAUCUUUACUUUUUACUGCAUUAUAGUUACAGUCUUAGUAUUUUCCAUGCUUUUUUAGGUUUUGUACUUGUUGCUGGUAUUGUGAUUGGUACUCAUUAUAUGAUUUUAAGUUAUUUGAGUCUUAUCUUAAUAGGUAGCCUUUUGUCAGUUGUUGUUGUUGGUUUUUUAAAUGAAAAUUACUGGGCAAUGGCUGGAGCAUUAAGUUAUUCUGUAAAUUUAUAUGGCAUAAAACAUCAUGGAACUAUUGGUAGAGUCCCUUCAGUAGAUCUCUACACAGUUGGUCUUUGUUUUUUUAAUUAUUUUAUAUACAAAGCUCUAACAGAUGUAUCUAUAUUUUGAAAAAUUCUUAUUACAAAGUAAUAUGUUGAAAUAUAAUAAUGUGUAUGUGCAAUUGUAUAAUAUAUCACUGCCAUUCAAUUCAGUGUGUAACGAAAGGAAAAUUUACUAUUUUGAUACGUACUACAUCCAUGUUAGAAUUAUUUAUUCAACUUGUUUAAAUUAUCAGUACAAAAUAUUGUGAAUACAUUCGUUUUUGAUAUUAAGUAAGAAAAUUAACUUCCAACCAAAAAAUUGUUGAAUGGUAUGGUAUUCUGUUAAUACACAAGUUAACAGAACUGAAGUAUAGCCUAUAUCAGAGAAAGAUUAAGAAUUAUUGUUAAAUUUGUUUUUAUAAUUAUUAAUAUUAACAAUGAUAAAAAAUAGAAUUUUCUGAACUUUUCAAUAUUGUAAUUAUUUAUUGAUGUAUUUGUUGAAUAAUUGUUGGAAUUUUUAUAGUUUAUUCUUAAAAUUUUGAUUCAACAUAUAGUGUGCUUUGCAAGUUGAUCUUUGCAUUAUUCUUCUUCUUCAUUUAGAAGAAUUGUUUGUAAAUAUAUUCCUUUUCCAUGAGAAAAAUAGUAAUAGUUAUUUGUGGUAAAUACAUACAUAACUAUUGACAACAUGUUUGGUUUACCUUUUAAAAUUUAUUAUUAAUUUUCUGUAUGUAAUUAGUAUUUGUUGUGUAUGAAUAAUAUAUAGUGAAAUGACUACAUAUUAAGGUUUUUGUAUGAACAUUUUUGUUGCAAGUGUGUCAUACUAUUUUUAAUAGAAAUAUUGAAUUUGUAAAGAUAUGUCUAAAAUCAAAGCAUUAGAUACUAUUUGCAAUGAAAGAAUUUAGCUGUUGCAAAUAGAUUUUAUGCAAUUUUUCUGUGAAGACUGAUUUAUAGUUUUAUGAAACUAUGUAAGAACACAAUACCAAAGAGUUAGGAUAGAAAAAAUAAAGCAUGGAUUGAUGUUAUUGACAGUCAACUGGGGAAGAAAUAUUUAACUGCACCAUUUUUCUAUCUUCAGACUGAAAAUGACAUAUGGAAAUGUGGACAUUUAAGAAUCAAUUUGAAAGUAAACUUCAUAAAUUGAAUUAUUAAUUUCUUAAGUGAAGUUAAUCAAAGUGAAGAAA